AUGCAGACGACAAUUGAUGCUGGGAGUCCAUUUUAUAUACAUCCUUUCGAUAGCCCAGGAUCUAGUCUAGUUCCGAUGCCUUUUGAUGGAAUUGGAUACCGCUCCUGGAGGAGGAGUGUACUCAGAGCCCUCUCCGUGAAGAAUAAGUUAGGGUUCAUUACUGGAGAUACUCAAAAACCUCUUGUGACUUCUCCACUCUUUCGCCAAUGGGAAAGAUGUGAUGAUAUGGUCACCUCGUGGAUUCUGAAUUCUCUAUCGAGAGAUAUAGCUGACAGUGUUGAGUAUGUGAAUGAUUCCGUCGAAUUGUGGAAAGAGCUUCAGGAUCGAUAUGAUCAGACGAAUGGGGCCAAAUUGUACCAAAUUCAGAAGGAAAUCAACGAUUUGAGCCAGGGAGUACUUGAUAUUACUGGAUAUUACACGAAGAUGAAGAAACUCUGGGAGGAAUUGAAUACUCUCAGUGUUAAGGCUCAUUGUAGUUGCAUAUGCACCUGUGGAGCGAAGGAGAACAUGCAUAAGGCAGAGCAGGAUAGGAGACUCAUACAGUUCUUAAUGGGACUUAAUGAGAUCUAUACAGUUGUUCGAGGGAGUAUACUUAUGAUGAAUCCGUUACCAAAUAUGGCACAAGCAUUUGCCCUCCUGAUACAAGAAGAAAAACAGAGGGAAUUUAAGCCCAGAAAUCAGCUGGAUAUUGAUUCUACAGCACUGAAUGCAAACCUGGAAGGAAGGAAUUUUAAAACAAACUAUACUGCUGGAACUGGAAACCAAAAUGUGAACAAUAGGGCUCGACCUUUCUGUGAUUACUGCAAACGACAAGGUCACACUAAGGACAAAUGUUAUAAACUCCAUGGCUAUCCUCAAAGCUUCAAUAAAGGAUCACAACAACAACAUAGGCAGGGUAUGCAAGGGUACAACAACAAUACAAGGUUCAAUAAGGGAAGAAAUGUCACAGCAAAUGCAGUGACAAGUGUUGAGGAAGGAGAAAAACUGGAGUCCCAAGGAGAAAGCCAAAACCAAAAUGUCAACCUUACAAAGGAGCAAUAUGGACAGAUUGUCAGCCUAUUGCAACAUUUUCAGACGGGAAGCAUUGGAGAAGGCUCAGCUAGUGUGAACAUGGUUAGUGGAGCAUCAAUGAAUUUUGCAGGUAUGAUUGCUUGCACUUCUUCAAUUGAUUUUGACAACCCAUCAUGUAGAUGCUUUAAUGCAAAGGCUGACUUGUGGAUAUUAGAUUCCGGGGCAUCACACCACAUGACCUUUGAUAAAUCUCAAUUGCACAACAUAGUAAAUCUCCCUUAUCCUCUAUUAGUAAAGCUUCCAAAUGGCUAUAAAGUCAGAGUAAGUGAAAUUGGAAGUGUAUUCCUAACACCUGAAAUCAUCCUGUACAAAGUUCUAUUCAUUCCUUCAUUCAAAUUUAACUUGGUGUCCAUCAGUUCCUUGGCAGUUCAUUUAAAGUGUAUUGCAUCAUUCUCAGACACUUCCUGUCUGCUGCAGGCCCCUUCACUGAAGAGGCCUCUGGAGAUUGGUAAGUUGCUGGAUGGUUUAUAUUUUCUUUGCUCCAGGUGCUUGAAGAAAGGUAGUUCCAAACAGAAAUGUAGUCCUUCUUGUCUUUCCAUUCAUUCUAGUGAUGUAAGGGGUGUACACUGUCUAAUUCAGUCUUUCAAUGCACUUCCAAUUGUAAAUAAUUCCAUUCACAACACCAAGAAUAAAGACAGUAACCCUAUUUUGUUUUCUGGUUCAUCUCAUAUCAAUAAUCUAGAUGUUUUGUGGCAUUUCAGACUUGGCCAUGUGCCUUUUAGUAAAAUGAAAGGAAUUCCUACUAUACCUGUAACCUUUUCUGACAAACAGCCUUUUACAUGCAAUAUUUUCCCCAUGGCCAGACAAUCCAGACUUCCUUUUCUCCAAAGAACGACAGAAACUACUGAAAUCUUUGAAAUACUUCAUGUGGAUUUGUGGGGGCCUUAUCAUGUAUCUACACACAACAACUUCAAAUAUUUUCUAACCCUGGUAGAUGACUACAGUAGGUCCACUUGGACACACCUCCUAUGUUGCAAAAGCAAUGCCUUGCAGAUAAUAAAGGCCUUUACAGCCAUGGUGGAAAACCAAUUCAAGACAACUGUCAAAUGUGUAAGAUCUGAUAAUGGUCUGGAAUUUACCAGCAAUGAAGCUGCCACUUUCUUCCAAUCCAAAGGAAUUAACCACCAGAAAACUUGUCCUUAUACACCACAACAAAAUGGGGUGGUGGAAAGAAAACAUAAAUACCUGCUUGAAGUAGCCAGAGCACUCCUUUUUCAAUCCAGAUUGCCAUUAAAAUAUUGGGGAGAGUGUGUCCUGACAGCAACAUACUUGAUUAAUAGAUUACCAACCAUUCCUCUAAAGAACAAAUGUCCCUUUGAACUAUUAUACAAAAGGAAGCCAAACUACUCUCACUUGAGAAGUUUUGGGUGCUUAUGCUAUCCCACAGUACCAAAACCAUUCAGAGAUAAACUAGAACCAAGAACCAGUCCACAUGUAUUUGUAGGAUAUCCUUUUGGUACAAAGGGGUACAAGGUACUAAGUCUGGCCACUAGGAAAAUACAUGUUUCUAGAGAUGUUACAUUUUACGAGUCAGUUUUCCCCUUCACUCUUAACUCUACAUCAAACAUUCCAUCUAUCCUUCCUAAUAUACCAUUCUUUGAGAAUUCCCCUGAUUCUACUGAUGUUCAACUACACCAUCACAAUAGUGAAAAUACCAAUAACCAGGAAACUACUAGUUCUUCAAACUCCAACACAUCCUCUAAUGUGUCCUCCCCUAUGUCCCCUAGUCAUGAGUUUCAAAUUCCAGUAGACCAACUACAAGAUCUGGUCUCAUCCCCUCAACCUCUGGCAGAACAACCAACCUUCAGGAGAUCCAAUAGGGAGCAUAAAUUGCCAUCUCAUCUAAAUGAUUAUGUUUAUAAAAUACCAAAUCUGAAGUGUACUGCCAAUUUUUCUGUACAUGCCAUGUCUUCUAGUAAUAACCACAUCAUUUCUGAUGCCCUACAUCCUAAUAGUCAGCAUAUUGUAGAGAACAUUUGCAAUGAUAGAAAGCCAACUUCAUAUGAAGAGGCUGCAGUAUAUCCUGCCUGGCAGAAUGCCAUGACAUAG